AUGGCCUCUCCGGCAAAAACCUACAUUGUCGAGCACCUGGACCCGGAGCUUGGCCCGUGGUCGGAGUUGGAGUACCUCGCCAUCGCCGAAGAGACGCACCGUGCCGGCGGCAGCUUCUUGCUGUCAUCGCUGCCCCCCGCUUUCUCCCCUCCUGCGGCCCUUCAAGCCAUCCCGGCCUUCAAGGCCGAGAACAGAGGGGUCGAGGAGCUUUACGCUCAGGACAAGACACGAGUGUGUCUGCUCGACCCCUCCGCCCCCAAGGACCUCAGCCCAGAGGACGGUGAAAAGUUCGACGUAUUUCUUUUCGGCGGCAUCUUGGGUGAUGAUCCUCCAAGGGAUAGGACGUCUGAGCUUCGAAAGAAGGGUUUCGAGGGCAGGAGGCUCGGGUCGAAGCAAAUGACGACCGACACGGCAGUUCGUGUGACCAGAAUGGUUGUUGAGGAGAAGCUACCUCUCGAGGAUAUCCCCUAUCUUGACUUCCCCGAAUUGAAGUUCAACGAGCACGAAAGCACCGAGAUGCCCUUUCGUUACGUCAAGGGUGAUGACGGAAAGCCGAUCAUGCCAAAGGGCAUGGUUGAGCUCAUCGGCAAGGAUGCCGACAAGGCAAUCGAUGACCUGUUUUGA